AUGGGCCCCACAGUCAUUUUCCUGUUCUCCAUUGUCACCUUUCGCAGGCCCACCCUCCGGGCUGUCCCAAGUUCUUUGGUCCCCAAGGGAGCAGAUGUGACCCUCAGGUGCCAGGGUCGAAUGAAGAAAGAAAGUUUCCAGUUAUGGAAGGAAGGAAAGCUCAGAGAAGAGAGACAUGCAUCCUGGCAGCUGGCAGAGUUUGUGCUCAGGAGUGUGGAUGUUGUGAGAGAUGCGAGAAGCUACAGCUGCUGCUUUGGUCAGAGGCCCUGGUGGUCAGAGCUCAGUGAGCCCCUGAACCUGGUGGUCACAGGAGGCCUAGGCUGUAGGCCCAGAACUGGGUCCCCUGGAGGAGAUGAGAAGGGGGCAGGUGGGGCUGGGACCCAGGAGCCAUUACAGCACAAGAGAUCAGAAGACACCCAGAUUAGCUUCCUCCUCACUUCCGUGAGACCUGAGGACACUGGGAAGUACAGCUGUACUUACAGGUGGGGGAGAGCCUCUGCCAGAGGAUCAGAGCCCAGUGAUACCCUGGAGCUGGGGGUGCCAGGCUCUCUGCCCAAGCCUUCCCUCUCAGCCCUCCCAGGCCUUGUGGUGGAGCCUGGGACACAUGUGACUCUCCAGUGCCGGCAGCCCCCUCAGUCAUCCCUCUGGGGGGUGACAUUCACUCUGCUGAAGGUGGGGACCCCUCAGCCCUUGCAGAGCCAGAGCCCAGCUGGAGCCUCAGCUGAUUUUAACCUCCUGUCUGUGAGGGCCCAGGAUGCUGGUAACUACAGCUGUGUCUACCAGAAAAGGAUGGAUCCAAACCUGGUGUCUGAGCCCAGUGAGGUCCUGGAGAUCUGGGUGACAGGUACAGUUCCCAGUAACACCCUCAUCAUCACCCUCAGCUGUGUUUCCUUCUUCCUCCUUCUCUGCAUCCUCCUGCUGGUUUUGCUCCGCCAUGGAUCCAUCCCCAUGGAUACAGAAGUGGCCAAGGAGAGAUCAAGAAAACCAUUGAUUCUCACAGAUGAAGAUCCCCAGGUAUUAGUGACCUAUGCUCAGCUCAACAUACAUACCUUGGAUGAAAAGAAAAUUGAUUCCACAAAGACACCUAUAGAGCCCACCCUUUAUGACAUGGUGUGCAAGGACUAA